AUGAAGGAGAGGAAUAUUGACAAAGCAAAGGCUGAAAUUGCUUUGCAAGUCCGUUUCAUUGGAAAAGACAAGAAGGUGAAAGGAAAGUGGUCCAUGAGUAGAUGUGGAGGAAACUACCACAACAAUGGUGGAAAUGGCUACCAAAUUUCCAACAAUUCAGAUGGUGGAUCAAGCAAUUACAGAGGUGGCAACAAUAGAGGAAUAAGAGGAAGGUGGAAAAAUGACAAGAGCAACAUCCAAUGCUAUAAUAUUCAAAAGCUUGGACAUUCUUCUCGCGAAUGUAAUGCCAAUAAGAAUGAUCCUCAAGAAGCUAAAGCAAAGUUUGCAAGGCGGAAAGAUGAUGAAAGUACAAUUUUGGCGACGUUUCAAAGAGAGAAUCCGCCGGUGUUUAAAGGGAAGCAUGAUCCAGAUGCAGCCUUGGGAUGGUUGAAAGAAAUUGAGAGAAUCUUCCGUGUUAUGGAUUGCACUCCAGCUCAGAAGGUUCGGUAUGGUACUCACAUGCUAGCAGUCGAAGCUGAUGACUGGGAAUUCCUGAGAAAGUAUUAUCCGGAAGAUGUCCGUGGUAAGAAGGAAAUCGAGUUCCUUGAGCUGAAGCAAGGAAACAUGUCUGUCACUGAUUAUGCUGCGAAAUUUGUGGAGCUGUCCAAAUUUUAUCCUCAUUACACUGGUGCUGGUGCUGAAUUUUCAAAGUGCAUCAAGUUCGAGAACGGAUUGCGCUCUGAAAUUAAGAAGGCUGUUGGGUAUCAGAAGAUACGCAUUUUUACUGAACUGGUUGAUAGCUGCAGGAUAUUUGAAGAGGACAAUAAUGCUCAUUACAAGAUUGUCAGUGACCGCAAGGGAAAGCAGCAUCAAAACCGUGGCAAGCCGUAUGAUGCUCCAGUGGGAAAAGGGAAACAAGGAGCUGCUCCGGCUCAGAGGACUAGUAGGGGAGGUGCUCCUGCUGGUAUAGUUUGCUUCAAAUGUGGUCAGGCUGGUCAUAAGAGUAAUGUAUGCACUGCUGAAGUAAAGAGGUGUUUUCGCUGUGGUAAGACUGGUCAUGCAAUGGCUGAUUGCAAGCACAAGGAAAUGAUUUGUUUUAAUUGUGGCGAAGAAGGGCAUAUUGGAAGUCAGUGUCAGAAGCCAAAGAAAUCUCAGACUGGGAAGGUGUUCGCACUGACCGGAACUCAAACCUCCUGUGAGGACAGACUUAUCCGAGGUACAUGUUUCAUAAAUAGUACUCCUUUAAUUACUAUUAUUGAUACCGGUGCUACCCACUGUUUUAUUUCUGCUAACUGUGCUCGAAGACUGGGUUUAAAAUUGUCCGCUUUGGACGGUGAAUUGAUUGUUGAGACCCCAGCUAAAGGAUCAAUAACUACUUCUUUGGUAUGUUUAAAAUGUCCUUUGUCGAUCUUCGAUAAAGAUUUCUGUGUUGAUUUAGUAUGUUUGCAGUUGGAUGGGAUGGAUAUAAUUCUUGGUAUGAACUGGUUAGAGUAUAAUUAUGUUCAUAUAAAUUGUCAUCAUAAGUCGGUGAGGUUUUCCACUCCUGAAGAGGAAGGAGUUGACUUAUUACCUUUCAGAGAAUUGCGAAAAUUGAUGAAAGAGGGAGCUCAGAUGUUUUCUUUGAUGGCGACGUUGUCGGUUGAAAGUAAAGCUAAGAUAGAGGAACUGUUAGUGGUGAAAGAAUUCCCUGAAGUUUUUCCUGAUGAAAUUCCUAGUGUGCCGCCAGAGAGGGAAGUUGAAUUUACUAUUGAUCUGGUACCUGGUACGAGGCCUGUUUCGAUGGCACCGUAUAGAAUGUCGGCAUCUGAAUUGUAUGAAUUGAAGAAGCAAUUGGAAGACUUA